AUGACCGAACAAGACCAAGACCAAGAGCACACCCGCUCCGCCCUCAUCCUGUACGGCACCGAGACGGGCACCUCGCAGGACUUGGCCGAAGAAGUCGGCCGCACCCUUGAGAGACUCCAUUUCGACACCACGGUCCUGGGCCUCGACGCCGUCCCCCACACUCAUCUCCACGCUUAUAGGUUGACAGUCUUUGUCGUGGCGACGACAGGACAGGGCGACUUCCCUGGCAAUGCCCGCCUCUUUUGGACCAGUCUUCUGCGGAGGAAGUUAAGCCCCUCCACGCUCCAGGGCGUGCGGUAUGCCCUCGUCGGGGUGGGCGAUAGCUCGUAUCCCAAGUUCAACUUCGCGGCGCGCAAGCUGGAUAAGAGGCUUAGCCAGCUUGGGGCCGCGGAGAUGAUUCCGCCAUGUGAAGCUGAUGAGCAGGGCGAUGAAGGUACGGAGGGGGCAUUCUUGGCGUGGUUGGCCCUGCUGCGAGAGACGGUGUUGACAAUGUUCCCGCUGAGGGAGGGGCAGGAGCCUAUCUCGGAGGAUGUCGUGUUACCGGGGAAAUGGCGUUUGGAGGUCGUGCCGCGGGAUGGACAGAGGGAUGGCGAUGGCGAUGGCGAGGCCGACGCCGAAGGUGGACGGGGCACGACUUAUCCGGAGAGAGACGUGAACCUGAACGGAACCGCACCCCAUGCACGGCCCUCAGCCGCCACCGCCAUUAGCGGACACCAUCUAGCGGAGGACUCCUUUCCCGUCGUGCUGGACGUCAACAUAAGAGUCACCCCCCCAGACCACUGGCAGGACGUGCGGUUCAUGAGCCUCCGCGCGUCACGCAAGAUCGACUACAUGCCCGGUGACGCACUGGCCAUCUCGCCCCGAAACAUGCCCUCGGACGUGGACGCCCUGAUCGCCCGCAUGAACUGGCAGCACGUCGCCGACACGAGCAUUCGGCUGGUUCCCACGCGCCCAUACCCACCACGGCUGGCAACCACCACCUUGCUAUCUGCAAAUCCGAUCUUUUUGCGCAGGGACCUCACCCUCCGCACCCUCCUCACCGAGUACCUCGACAUCAACGCCAUCCCGCGCCGCUCUUUCCUCGGAAGCAUAGCGCACCACACGUCCGACAGCAUGCACCGGGACCGCCUGCUCGAGUUCACAGACCGGCAGUAUCUAGACGAGUACUACGACUACGCAACGCGGCCGCGGCGCAGCAUCCUGGAGAUCCUGCAGGAGUUUGACAGCGUGCACAUCCCGUGGGAGGAAGUGGCCAACAUCUUCCCCCUCAUGCGUCCCCGACAGUUCAGCAUCGCGAGUGGCGGCCGUCUCAAGGUUGCAGAUAACGAAGCCACAAACUUCGAACUGCUGGUCGCGAUCGUCAAGUAUAGGACCGUGAUCAAACGCGUGCGCGAGGGCGUCUGCACGCGCUACUUGGCCCAACUCCCUGCGGGGGCCACAUUGCAUGUCUCCGCCAAGAGGGAGGGCCGGUUCUCCAAGGCAAGCGACGUGGCUGCAGGCAUGAGCCAUAUCCUGAUCGGCGCGGGCACGGGCAUCGCGCCACUUCGCGCGCUCAUCCACGAAAAAAUCACUCACCACCAACAAGUCGGGGAAACAGUGGUCUUCUUCGGCUGUCGCAACGAGACGGCAGAUUUCUUCUUCCGCGACGAGUGGGCCGCGAUACGGGCCGAGUACCCCGAUGCUCUCGAGGUGAUUCCCGCGUUUUCAAGGGACCAGAAAUCAAAGGUCUACGUGCAAGAUCGGCUGCGGCAGAGGAGUGAUCUCAUCGCGGAGUAUCUCAUGGAGAGGAACGCCACGAUCAUCGUCUGCGGGUCGUCUGGUCAGAUGCCCAAGGCCGUGAGACAGGCGCUGGUCGAUGCGUUAGUGGAGCAGGCGCAAAAGAGAGACAAGUAUAGAGACCUGAUUGCGAACACGGACGACGCCGAGGCAUAUCUGGCGAGGAUCGAGAAGGAGAACAGGUACAAGCAAGAGACGUGGUCGUAG